AUGCCUAUGCGCAUCACCUACAAUGAACGCUACGAGCGCGGAAUCGCCACUGAAGUCAAGACCCCGUUUUUCGCCGCGGAGUUGCACUCUGUGAGGGCACUCCCUGCGGACCUAGGCGAGCGGAUCGAGGCGGACCAAUCGUUGUGCGGGGCGCACCUGCGGCCAUGUCCGGAGGCCCGGAACAGGGCCACAAUGUACAUGUGGUCCGCGCAGCAGAUGUGGGAUCUGGAAGAUUUCGCGCAAGAGCAGCAGCCCCCGCUGCACCUAGAAGAGCAGGCGGUCCGUUUGCGCGUAUCGUGCAGCGAAUCGCCUGCCAAAUAUACCUCGUGGGCCAUCUACGAGAUGAUGCUGCUGGUAGAGGAGGCCAAUGAAAGUGGGCGAACAACACCAGAGCCCGCCCCAGCAGCUCCAGCACCACCAGAGACACGGGACGUCUGGACGCAGUCUGCGCCCCCGCAGCCUGCCCCAGAGCUGCGCCACAGCAGCUGCCAGACUGUCCCAGCUGUGCGGAGUCGGCACCAGUGGAGCCAGACGCCCGCCCCAGCCAAGUGCCGGGAAUCAGGCACCCAAGCAGCUGUUGUCACAGCUCAGAAGAGCACCACUGCAGCUCUUCAUGUGGCACAAGGAUUCUCUCCGCUGCUGCCGCCGCCGGUAGCCUCUACAGCCACACAGACCGCCCCCAAGGCGGCCUCGGCUGCGGGGAAAUCGGCGCGGCAGCCAGCACAGGAGCAGCCCAGUCAGCGCACACAAGAUCACCGCGCGCCCUGGCACUUUGUCGUCCUCAGGGGCGGCAGGGGGGCCGGGGCACCUGCCGAAGAAGUCGACGCAGCCUUGCGCUCGGCCGGCCACAAGCCGACCAGGUGUUGGCGCGUCUGCAGCAGGGCAACAGGGCGCCUCACCGGCCUCUACAGAGUGGCCUUCGCCACAGUUCAAGAGGCCACUCGCCUGCUAGAGGCCGGCCUCACCAUCAGAGGCGCCCACUGCGCAGCUGAACCAGCCCACACCAGACAGCAGCUCCCCAGGGCCUGGGGCCACGUCGAGCUGCAACCAAUCCCUCGCGGUGCACGAGACGCGAGUCCAGCGUCCAGUCGACCGCCGGCAGUGUUCGCGCUAGCUCGGCAGCACUCGGCACCUCUCGGCCCUGGGCCCGAAACACCCCGCAUGGCAGCGCUGGCGGCGAAGAAGGUGAAGGAGGCGAAGGAGGCGAUGGAGGCGAUGGAGGGGUCGGAGGCGGGCGGCGACUCCUUCUCGGCGCAGGAGCUGGUGCGCAGCGUGAAGGCGGACCACAACGGCGUGCUGGAGCGCAUGCGCCGCCUGCUGGAGGAGGGCGCCUGGAGCGACGUGCAGUUCUCGGUGGGCAAGGAGGAGAGCGGGUUCCGAGCACACCGCCUGGUGCUGGCGAGCGCCGGCCCCGCCCUGGCCGCGCUCAUGUACGGCCCGCUGGCGGAGCCCGGGACCGUGAGGGUGCCCGACGUCAGCCCCGGGGCGUUCCGCGCGCUGCUGCACUACCUCUACACUGACGAGCUGAGCCCCGCCGGCGUGGAGGACGCCAUGCGGGCCAUGCGCGUCGCCAGCAAGUACCGGCUGCCGCAGAUGGCCUCCAGGUGUGCCAAGUACCUGGCGGACAUGCUGGGCACCGGGAACGUGUGCAGCGUGCUGGAGUUCGCGCGGGACAGCGGGGACCAGCAGCUGGCGGAGCGCUGCCUGCAGUUCCUGUGCCACCACGCGGAGGCCGUGCUGCGACACCCGUCCUUCCUGGCCGCAUCGCGCGCCACCCUCCACCAGGUGCUGGACCAGGACCGCCUUGUGGUCGCCUCCGAGGCCGACGUGGCGGAGGCGGCGGUGCGCUGGUCGGCGGAGGAGUGCCGCCGCCGCGGGCUGCCCUCGCGGCCGGCCAACCGCCGGGAGGUGCUGCGCGAGUUCCUCGGCAAGCUGCGGCUGCUCACCCUCUCGGCGGAGGAGUUCGUCGGCGUGCCCGGCCUGAAGGACGUGCUCACGCCCGAGGAGUACCGCGACGUGCUGUCGCACCUCGUGCGGCCCAGCUCGUGCGAGCUCCCCCCCGCCGUGUGCUGCAGCGACGGCCACCGCGGGGCCGGAGCGCGCCGGAGCGAGGGCGUCCCCAGUCGGUGUGCGCACUGCAGCGGCGAGCUGCUCACCACUUACAUGGGCAACUUCUGUGUGGGCUGCAAGAAGGCGGCGGACUAGUGCAGACCGCCAGCGGCAACUGAUGGUUCGCACCUAUCAGUUGGAACUGCCGUGUGAGAGCAAGGACGGUGGACUCUUCAGUCGAGAAUGAUGGACUGACUAACUGUUGGCCUUCCAUCAAAUAUGAGUGACUGGUGUGGGAACAGCAUCUCGCCUGUCAAAACUAUCGGUCCAAACAACAAGGCUGUCAGAGUAGUGGCAGACAUCUUUGUUUGUACUUUUUUUUUUCUUUUAUCUAACUAAAAGUGCAACUAAAGCAUUGAAAGUUUCUUCCGUUGUCUACGAUUAAACAAUAUAUCCAACAUCAAUAACAACACUAAGACCAAUCGUGUGUGGGGAGGCUUCAGUUCAGUCUUAACUCGCAGUUCGGGCUGUUCAUUCCGAACAGAGCAUCUGGACUGGUCGUGUGUUCAGAGGACCGCAACUCAAUCCAAACUGCCAGUCCGGUCUGAUCAGUCCGAACUGGGGGCUGGACUGAUCGAGUGUGGAGGCCUUAACAUGCAUCAACUGUAAGAAGGUGGGGUACGAGUGUGGCUGUUAUAGCGAGUAACUCACCGCUUACAUGGGUAAAUUCUGCAUCUGCUGCAAGAAGACAAUGUUACAAGCUACAGGUCCACAGUGGAACAUCGUUAAAGUGGCAAUCUAGAAGCUGGCUAACUCCUUCUUGAAUUCAACCUUUUAUUUUAUCAUAACAAUAUUUUAUUGCUUAUGAUUGCAAAUUCUCUUUCCUUAAGGUUGAAAGAAUAUUUUCAGAAAUUUUCUGAGGCAGUACAAGAGUCAUAAUUUAUAAUAUUGUUACUGUUAUUGUGGGUCUUAAAAAAUAAUUACUGAAUGCCAGUGAUUAGUGCUACAAUGAACUAAAUUUUUUGCAGAAAAAAAAUAUUAACUUGAAGGGUUAUUUUGAAUAAUGUACUUGUUUUCGAUAUUUAAUAAUUUAAAUUAAAGUUAUGGCCUUUAAACUGUCGAAUCCAAGAUGUUUUAGUAUUACUCCUUUAAGAUUAAAUUAUUUCCUCUAUCUUGGAUUUACUAAAUACCAUCCUGGUAUAUAAAUAUUUAUAUUUUUUCUUGCAUUGUCGUCGUCCCUCCGAUGGUCAUAAAGCCCGGCCUCCAUCCGCCAGUAUUAAACCCCGCUAACGGAACGCACCCCUAGCCCAUGUCAUGUGAGUCAAGCGAACCGUCGACGCCGGUGAGUGCCUUUACAGAUUACGUCCAUAUGCCAACACCACCAAACAGUUCUCAUGCAUCAUAAAUUGUUGUGAGUAAUUUAGUGAUUUUUAAUUAACAGAACAACCCUUAAUAGUGAAAUUGCGUCGUAGGGGUGCAGCGGUUUUCCCCGUGGGAAACCGCAAUUAUUAAACUUCUGGAACGUCCCUUGCGGCCUUCCACCAAUAAUUAACCACAGUGUUAAUCAACCUAAUUUACCUCCCUGUUUUUUCUUGCAAAUAGCCACUGGAGUAGUCAACAAGUGACAGACAGUCUCCAGCUUGACUUUUUAUUUUCAAAUAUAAUUAAUCUAUUUAUUGUUAUGUAUUAUUAUAGGCCUUCCGCCAACUAAUUCAGACAGAUGUCAUUAAGAUACGAUUGUCCUAUAAAUAAUAAUGACUAAUUAUGAUUAUAAAAUUGUAAUAACAGCACGUUAGAAAGUUUGGCGCGUCAUAACGCUCCUCCCCUCCCAAGCCGGCACAAAGCGGCAGUAGAGUUUUACUCACGGACCGGGGCGGACGUGUGAUCCCGCGGGGAGACUUAAAAUUUUGUACUCCUGAUUCUUCAUUCUGGUAACUAUCAUAAUUCACUAAAACCUCUUUCCUCUCCCUGCGUGCCCCCGUGCCCUUUUCCGGUGCAGGGCUUAUCCCGGCCGCUUUAAUUUUUGCUCGUCGCGGAACAACGGUUCGCGACGCAGUCACCUUAGCGUCCGGGCCGACUCCCGCGAAUAUAAAUUAACGUAAUUCGUCGAGCAUACGACUGCCGACUGCAAGCUUAAAGACUUUGCCCCUUAAUAUUAUCUUCGUGGGCCCGCGACUCACACAGGUGAGCCUGGGCAUGAAGCUAUCUCCAGUUCAUCACGGAAGUGGCCGUUAAUCCACCCAAACUCUUCGUCGACCCACAAACCAAUGUAGGGAUCUUGUUUACAAGUGCCGCAACGUAACACCCAUGUAAUACGUAAUUAAUUAUCAGUGCGAGUGUAUGUAGUGCCAACGUAUUUUUUGUCCAGUGUAACUGUGUAACUUGUGCCCCCAUCCACACUAUGUAAAAUGCGAGAUUAAAAAACCAGCACCUAAA